AGGCUAUGAGGCCGGGAGCGGCAAGGACGGUCGACCCAGCUCGCUCGGGAGGCAGAGAGAUUGGGGAGGCGGGUGGGGACGGCAGCGGAGGGGAAGAGGAGGAGGAGGAAGGCGAAGAAGCGGAGGAGGAUGCUGGCGCCUCCCUUGGUUCUGAUACCCCUACGGUUACAUGGAGGACGGGGCGCGGGAAAGUUGUAGUGGGGCUGCAGACCGUCCCUUCCCAAAGGCGCGAAGCAAAUCCACCAUCCCCUAUUCCUGACUAGCACCAAGAGGCGAGAGGGAGCAGGCGCCCCUCCCGAGCCAGGAGCCCUCCAAACUUUUCCGCCUCGUUCGUUCGCUCCUCGUUCGCGUUCUGAAGCGACCGUUGCGCUUGGCGCGCCUCAGGCUCUCGGCCGCUUAAUUAAAGAAAGAAAGAAAGAAAAGAGAAAUUAACGCCCUCUCCGCCUUGCCACCAUGCCUUCUUCCUUUCCCUUCCUCAGCUGCUGCUUCUGCAGCCUGGCAGCUUGGCUGCUCUUGGCCGCCCCCGCCCCCGGCAGCGGCGCUCCGGGCGCGGAGAAGGAGGCGGCGGCGGUGGCCGAGGAAGAGACCGCGCUCCGGGUGCUGGUGCUGCUGCCCAAGGACGACGCGUACCUGUUCUCGCUGGCGCGGGUCAGGCCGGCCAUCGAGUACGCGGUGCGGAGCCUGGAGGCCAACGGUUCCCUCCUGCCGGCGGGCUACAAGUUCCGCCUUUUCUACAGCGACUCGGAUUGCGGCAACCGGGCGCUCUUCAGCCUGGUGGAUAUGAUCACCUUGAAGCGGGAGUGGCCCGACCUGCUGCUGGGGCCGGUGUGCGACUACGCCGCCGCGCCGAUAGCCCGGCUGGCUUCGCAUUGGAACCUGCCUAUGAUCUCGGCCGGCGCGCUGGCCGCGGGCUUCAGCCCCAAGACGGGCGAGUACUCGCACCUGACCCGGGUGUCUCCGGGCUACGCCAAGAUGGGCGAGAUGUUCCUGGCGCUCUUCCGCCACCACAAGUGGAGCCGCGUCCUACUGGUUUACCACGAGGACAAGGAGCAGCGCAGCUGCUUCUUCGCCGCCGAGGGGGUCCACCUGGUCUUCCGCGAGGCCGGCUUGCACCCGGACGACUUCGCCUUCGAAGAGAGCGGCAAGUACGCGGAGGACGUGGUGCGCGCCAUCCAGGGCGGCGAGAGAGUUGUGAUCAUGUGUGCCAGCAGUGACGCAAUACGGAACAUCAUGCUGGCUGCACAUCGGCAAGGAAUGACUAGCGGAGAUCAUGCUUUCUUCAAUAUUGAACUUUUCAACAGUUCAUCAUAUGGGAAUGGUUCAUGGAGGAGAGGAGACAAAUAUGAUCUUGAAGCAAAGCAAGCAUACUCAUCCCUCCAGACAGUUACACUACUGAGGACAGUGAAACCCGAGUUUGAAAAGUUUUCUAUGGAAGUAAAAAGUUCUGUUCAAAAACAAGGAAUCUAUCAUGACGAUUAUGUGAACAUGUUUGUUGAAGGUUUCCAUGAUGCCUUGGUCCUCUAUGUUCUGGCUUUACGGGAAGUUCUGAAGAAUGGCUUCACAAAGAAAGAUGGAGAUAAGAUUGUUCAUCAGUCAUGGAACAGGACAUACGAAGGCAUUGCAGGGCCAGUAUCUAUUGAUGCCUCUGGAGAAAGAUUUGGGGAUUUUUCUGUGGUUGCCAUGACUGAUCCUGAAACUGGAGCACAGCAGGUAAUUGGAAACUAUUAUGGAAAACAGGGACGACUUGAAAUAAUUCCAAGUGCAAAUUACCUCUGGGAACAAAGACUGAAAAUAGAUGAUAGUCGGGGAUUGGAGCACACGAACAAUGCAGCCUGCAAAUCAUCAGGUGGCGUAGGAGAAUCAGCAGUUACUGGAAUAGUUGUAGGUGCCUUACUAGGAGCAGGAUUGUUGAUGGCCUUCUACAUUUUCAGGAAAAAGUACAAAAUAACCAUUGAAAGAAGAAAUCAGCUGGAAGAAUACAACAUCGGCAAGCACCGACAGCUACGAGAAGACUCCAUCAGGUCUCACUUUUCUGCUGCAUGAAAUAGAAAAGAAUUGCUCUAGCGGGGAAUCUCUGUAGACAAAUGGACGCUACCAAAGACUGCCACUGAAAAAA